AUGUCAAAGAAAAGUCGUGCCAAGGGAGAGAAGUGCGACAUGGAGAUUGAGGCCCUGCAAGCUGCUAAUGAGGAACUACGAACUAAACUAACCAACAUACAGAUAGAAUUUCAGCAAGAAAAAAGCAAGGUGGGUAAAUUGAGAGAGAAAAUCCAAGAGGUUAAGCAAGAAAGGGAGCAGGAGCAGCACAAGCACACUGCCUAUGUUUCUGAACUGAAAGCCAAGCUCCACGAGGAGAAAAUGAAGGAACUUCAGAGUGUCAGAGAGCUACUGAUCCGGCAGCAUGAGCAGGAGGUAGCGAGAAUGGUGAAAAUCAAAGAUGGUGAAAUUCAGCGUUUGCAGUCAACAGUCAACGUGCUGCGGGAUGGGGCGGCUGACAAAGUGAAGACGGCACUGCUGAGUGAAGCGAAGGAGGAGGCUCGCAAGGCAUUUGAUGGUGAACGGAUGAAGUUGCAACAGGAGAUCUUGGAGCUGAAAUCUGGCAAAAAGCAGCUUGAAGAAGCUUUGAACAACAUUAUGCAGGCAGAUAAAAUGAAGGCUGCUGACCUGCGCACGGCUUAUCAAUCCCAUCAGGAUGAGAUUAAUAGAAUAAAGCGGGAAUGUGAGAGAGAGAUCCGCAGGCUGAUGGAUGAGAUAAAAGGCAAAGACAGGGUGAUUCUUGCUCUGGAGAAAGACCUUGGUGUCCAGGCAGGCCAUACACAGAAACUGCUCCUUCAGAAAGAAGCUUUGGAUGAACAGCUUGUCCAAGUGAAGGAGGCAGAACGCUACCACAGUAGUCCUAAGAGAGAGCUUCCUGCGGGAGUCGGGGACAUCACUGAACUGAUGGGAAGCCUGGAGCAGCAUUUGGAUGAACGAGAUGUGAGGAGAUUUCAGUUAAAAAUUGCUGAACUGAAUGCUGUAAUAAGGAAGCUGGAAGACAGAAAUACUCUCUUAGCAGAUGAAAGAAAUGAACUGCUGAAACGUUCUCGGGAGACAGAAAGUCAGCUGAAGCCUUUAGUGGAAAAAAAUAAGAGGAUGAGCAAAAAAAAUGAUGAUAUGUUGCAAUGUAUCCAGAGAAUGGAAGAGAAAAUAAAAAAUCUUUCAAGGGAAAAUGUGGAAUUGAAAGAGAAGUUAUCUGCACAACCAGCCCUGAAGAGGCACACAUCUUUGAAUGAUCUCAGCAGCACACGGGAGGAACAAGAAAUUGAAUUCCUAAGACUGCAAGUCAAAGAACAGCAGCAUGUUAUUGAUGAUCUCACAGUGGAAAGGGAACGGUUAUUACGUUCUAAAAAACAGAAGAGGAAAAGUCUGAAGCCUCCAAAG